AUGGAACCGAAAGCAUCUUUCGAUGUAACUUCUAAUAGCGCCCUGGCUUCCAUUACAGCUGGAUCAUCUGUCCGAGAUGCCGGCGCAAUCUCGAUAUCCGGCGACCUCGCACCUCUCCGUUUGCCACCGGAGAGGGUCGACACGCUCAGCGGUACAGAUGACUUCGAGCACAUGGUUGGCGACAUGCGCAGUACCUUCGUCAGCUGGCUGAACAAGACGCAACUAUCGUUAAAAGCUCGGCGCGAAGAGUUGCUGCGCUCCGCUGAGGAGUUGCAGGCUGAGCGUAAAGCGUUUGUCGAACGGAUGCGCCAGGAGCGCAUUGUAGAGGCUGAGAAGCUCAGUGAGGAGCGUCGGCGCCACGGCCAGGAAAUAGCGUCGCAGCUGAAGCAUGUACAGUUCGAACGCGAGGAAUCGCGGCGCCGAAUAGAGGAGGAGCGCCAGAAACUUGAGCACGAAAAAGACAUAUUCGCUAACUACAUGCAACUCGAAUCGGCGAAAUUGCGGCAACGGGUUGAGCUAUUCGAGCAAGACCAGCGGAAGGUGCUGGACAACAAGAUCGCAACUCAGACAAUGGUGGACAUAAACGUCGGCGGCGUAGUAUUUGAGACAUCGCGACACACGAUCGCGAAACAGCCGACGUCGUUCCUUGCCAACCUGAUAAGCGGCCGGCACGAGGUGGGGCGCGAUCGACAGGGCCGCAUCUUCCUCGAUCGCGACUACGAGUUGUUUAGGCUAAUCCUAAACUUCAUGCGCAAUCCGGAAUGCCUGCCCGUCCCCAAGGAUAUCGCAGAAAGCACGCUUAUACUGAACGAGGCAGCCUACUACAAGAUCAAGUUCAGCCCCUAUCCCCUUGCGAUCUGCCUUGGCGGCCACGACGGGCGUGCGCCCCUGGGGGCGGUGGAGGUGCUCGACCGCGAGACCAUGUGCUGGCGCAACUGCUCUCCGAUGCAGACGGCUCGUAUGUACUUCGGAGCGGGAACUCUGAACAACUUCGUGUACGCAUUUGGCGGUCACAACCUCGACUACAAGGCGCUGUGCGAAACCGAGAUGUACGACAGGCUGCGUGACACAUGGCAUACCGCUGCCGCUCUGAAUAAGGCUCGCCGCAACAACGGAGGGUGUGCCUUUGGAGAUAGGCUCUUUUGCGUAGGAGGUUUCGACGGCCAGUCGGUGUUGGACUCCGUGGAGUCGUACGAUGUUCGGAUGCGCAACUGGAUACAAGUGGCGCCACUCAUUACGCCUAGGUCAUCUCCCAUGCUCGCACCGCAGAACGGCAUGCUGUAUGCGCUGGGCGGUACCAGCGGCGAGCGGCUGCAGAGCGUGGAACGCUACGACCCACGUAUGAACAAGUGGGAGGCGCUGCCAGGAGCGCUGCUCAAGGUACGCAGUGCCGGAGCUGCCUGCGCGUACAACAACGAGCUCUACCUCAUUGGGGGAAUAGACAACAUGCACACUAUCCACAACUCACUGGAAACAUGGAACUCGGCUUCACAGGCGAGCCGAUACCUGAUGGAGGCGCCGGUCGAGCUUAUGGACACGUCGCUGACGUGCUGCGGCGACUCGCUCCUACUGACAGGCGGUCAGAACACGCAAGUCUCCGACGCCACCUAUAUAUACAAACCGGAAGUCGACGAGUGGUCGAAAGAGGUUGAGCUCGAUGAGCUGGGUGUGUCGGAGGCCUUUGGCCGCGUGAUACGCGAACCUUCUGCAGAUCAGCGCGAAUCGCUUUUUGAAGAUGGCAUGUGUGAGAUGUCUAGGGGCGGGUACGCCCUGCUUAUCCUCUCCGGCGGCCUAGCAACCCGGGUAGGUAUAACCUUCCCAAAAGCGUUGCUUCCAAUUUCGCCGGUGCGCCGCAAAACACUGCUCCAGCUACACCUUGAACGGGUGAAUCGGCUGUGCACAUUGCUCGGCUACCUGCAAUCCCAGCGUUACUUCGGACUCGACAAACAGCAGGUGAUACUGGUAAUGCAGAGCACAGCUCCGUGCCUAACGCUGGAUGGCAACGACUUCUUUCCUAGCCCUCCUGCCGAAGAUGGUUCCGACGGCAACGUGGUGGAGGCACCCAAGGGCAACGGAGACCUAUACGAGGCACUGGCGCACUGCCCAGAGUUCAUGUCACAGCUGGAAAGCCUGAAGCUGUUGCAUGUUAUCGCCAUUGACAACGCACUGUCUCGGCCCCUCGACCCGGAGCUAGUUGGCUUGGCGCUGCGAUGCCCGGGGGUGGAGGUACUAAACAAGUGCGUGGUUAGGCGCGGGUCGGAGAAUGUAGGAGUUUUCUGCAUGGGAAAAUCCCCGAGGGUCGUGGAGUACAGUGAGCUCGCGAUGUUACCGGACGCAUCAUUUUUGCAAGGGACAACACGCGUAUACGGGAAUAUGUGCGACCACGUCUUCUCGGGUGAAUUUUUGCGCAGGGUCAUUGCAGAGCAGCUUUUCAAACAGCUACCGUAUCAUGCUGCUAAGAAGGCAGUGACGUAUUACGACAAGGAUGAAGGCAAAUUGGUGAGACCCGCUGAGCCCAACGGGUACACUCUUGAGCUCUUCGUCUUCGAUGUGUUCCAAUUUGCUUCCAAGGUUGUAUGCAUCGAGGUAGACCGCGAUGCACAGUUCGCGCCUGUCAAAAAUGUAGCCGAUUACGACGCGUACAACGCAAUGUCCGCGCAGCACCGGAUUAGCCGACAGGCAAGAAACUGGCUGGAGGUUGCCGGAGCUGAAUUGGGGGAGGGCUUUUUUGAGGUUUCCUGUCUAGCCAGUUACCGAGGUGAAGGGUUAGACAGGUACCGUGGAGUACGCUUGGGUGGUCCGAUGUACAUCGAGUAG